UGUCCUGUGAGGAGGGUGAUUUGGGGCGUCCAGAGUGAGGCGUUCCAGCAGCAGUUGUCACUUGAGCAGCCGAUGGUCGAGUGGCACAUGUGCUGCUCUGAGUCGGACCCUGUGUUUCCCCUCUGCCAUCAGGGACUCGGACUAUCGCCCACUCGGACGUCUUGUUCAAACGCACUGGCCUCGAUCCAGAAUCAAGACUCUUUUAGUUCUGGUUUCGUGUCGGAGCCUUUUGGUCCCGUUAACCUUUGACGGAGCUGCCCAGCUGAGGUGAAGGGGAGGGCAGAGGAACCCAGUUCAGCCUGAGUGCGGAUGACCUGCUGUGGGAAUCACGACCAUGAUCUGAAGAGGGCGCCGCACACCGAACCCCGUUUCUCCUCUCCUCCUUCUCCCUCUUUUUCUUUUUUUGGGGGUUUUGUUUUUCAUUCUACUCGGUGACAGCCUCUCGGCCCGGCCGCUUCCGACAGAGUCCACGUGCACGGAGAGAACAAACUGAUCCGAGGCUUCAGGAGGAGGAAGACGCACAACACGACACUCACCUGUGACCUCUGACCUCGCCACUUCCCCUGCUCCUCCCACCGCAACACCGCAAACAUGGGGAGGAAAAAGAUUCAGAUCCAGAGGAUCACGGACGAGCGCAACAGACAGGUGACGUUCACCAAGCGGAAGUUCGGUCUGAUGAAGAAGGCGUACGAGCUGAGCGUCCUGUGCGACUGCGAGAUCGCCCUCAUCAUCUUCAACCACUCCAACAAGCUGUUCCAGUACGCCAGCACCGACAUGGACAAGGUGCUGCUCAAGUACACCGAGUACAACGAGCCGCACGAGAGCCGGACCAACGCCGACAUCAUCGAGGCUCUGAACAAGAAAGAGCACCGGGACUCUGAGAGCCCAGACCCCGAGGAGCCCUUCUCCCUCACCCCCCGCACUGAGGAGAAAUACAAAAAAAUUGACGAGGAGUUUGAUAAAAUGAUGCAGAACUAUAGGCUGUCAUCUACCAUCCCACAGCCCACCUUCUCCAUGCCAGUCACCGUGCCAGUAUCCAAUCAGAACCAGUUCAGCAACAACCCCGGCGGCGCCCUGGUCACCACCACCUCCUUCGUCACCUCCACCCUCACAGACCCCCGCCUGCUGUCACCGCAGCAGCCGGCUCUGCAGAGGAGCACCGUGUCACCGGGGCUGCCGCAGCGCCCUGCCAGCGCAGGGGCUCUGUUAGGAGAUAUGGGAAACUCAAACGGAGCGUGUCCGAGUCCAGUCCCGAACGGCUACAUCAGCGCCAGGGCCUCCCCAGGCCUCCUCUCCGUGUCCAACGGCAGCAGCCUGGGCAAAGUGGUCCAGGCGAAGUCUCCACCUCCGUCCAACCAGCAGCAGAUGGUCAACAGCCGCAAGCCGGACCUGAGGGUCAUCACCUCGCAGAGCGGCAAGAGCCUCAUGCAGCUGACAGAGGAAGAGCUGGAGUUGGUGAGUGAGAAUGCUCAGCGGCUAGGCGGAUCCCAGUCGCUCACCACACCGGUGGUCUCCGUGGCCACGCCCAGUCUCCUGGCGCCGUUCUCCGGGAUGCAGACGGCCUACAACACCGAGUACCAGCUGACGAGUGCAGAUCUCACGGCGCUCCAGACGUUCACACCACCGGGGCUGGUGCCUGGCAACAUGGCCGCCUGGCAGCAGCAGCAGCAGCAGCAGCAGCAGCAGCAGCCGGCGUUGAACCAGCAGCAGCAGACCCAGCAGAUGAGCCUGGCGUCGCUCAGCAACUUGGUCAUGUGGGGUGCAGAGAAACAGAACGCCGAGAUGGUUAACUGCAUCUCCAGUUUCGCUGCUAACCUGAGCCUGGCCUCUCAGUCCAACUUGCUCUUUGGCAGGGAGGACGGCCUCUGCUGGCCGGUCCACAUAUCUCAGGGCGCCGCGCUGAUCGGCAACACCAACCCCAACCUCAACAUCAAGACGGAGCCCAGCUCGCCCAGCCGCGACCGCCACACUCCCAGCUCCACCAGCGGGGGGGGCGGAGGGGGCCAGGGUCACAUCCAGGGUCAAGGUCUGGUGUCGGUCGCCUACCCCGGGAACCUGCGCCUGGAGGCGGGGGGGCAGGGCCGCUCGCCCGUCGACAGCCUCAGUAGCAACGGCAGCUCGUACGAGGGCAGCGACCGGGACGACGGCGCCCAGGGCCGGGCGGGGGGCGUGGCCUUCCACCAGGGCGGGGCCGGGGCCCAGCAGCCCACCAUGGUCCUCCUGCGCCCCUCGUCGGCCGAGCCCCAGGAGCAGGACGGGACCAACGUCAAGAGGAUGAGACUGGAGUCCUGGGUCACAUAGAGGGACGAGGGACGGAGGACGGAGGACGGAGAUGUGUACUUGUGGCUUUUGUACGUGCCCACACCAGCCCCCCCCUCCCUGUGCACACACACACACACACACACACACACACACACUACACCCGCCCUUGACCCUGUCCCGUCCACACAGGAGUCCUCACACACAAACAGCAUGCGGACACCCUCUCAUGUUGCACGUGUGGACACACACUCGUAUGACGAUGCUCAUACACACAUUGGAACUCUAAUAAUAAACUUUGACCCCCCCCCCCACACACACACACACACACACACACUUCAAACCCUGAGGGGUCAAGCCACCAAACCAGGGAUCGUUUUUCAGAGUAAUGCCACGACGGACUUUCUUCUGUUUGAAUGGAGGUGAAUGAGUUUUCUUAUCAGACCCCAGUGGAAAGUCAAACCCUUGAGUUCGGCCACUUGGACGUGUUGGCGUGUUGGCGUGUUGGCGUGUUGGAGCAGCAGCUGGUGGAUCCUCGCCGCUCCUCCACAUGUGGAGCAGGACACAGCUGCAUUCAGACGGAGCGGCUACACGCGUGUGCUGCUGUCGCUCCAGAUGUUCCUCCUCUCAGAGCCGGGGACGCUCUUCUUCUUCUUCUUGUUCUUCUUGUUCUUCUUGUUCUUCUUCUUCUUCUUCUUCUUCUUCUUCUUCUUCUUCUUCUUCUUCUUCUUCUUCUUCUUCUUCUUCUCCUUCUUCUUCUUCUUCUUCUUCUUCUUCUUCUUCUGCUUCUUCUUCUUCUUCUUCUUCUUCUUCUUCUUCUUUUUUAAGCGUGGAGUUUGUGUCCCUCUGUCUUGACUGUUAUCGUUAUAGAGUUUGGAUUUGUUUCGCUUUUCAACCUGAUGAAGACACUACAAGAAAAACUCUCCCUCCCUCCCCCCCCCAUCCCCCCGGCCGGGCCAGUGGACGUGGUCACCUGACGUGCUCGACACUUCGGCCCUGCACAAGACUGCCCCCCCCCCCCCCCCACCCCAACAUGCAGAUCAGCUGUAAAAUCGAGGAACGUGAUUUGUUGCCGAGGUAAAACGACUUUUCUUUGAAUCAGGGACGAGCUCAGCGUCACAUGACACAGAUACUUCACCUGCCCACAUCGUGUCACCUGCUGAGAACAACGUGUGUGUGUGUGUUUGAUGUGUGUGUGCGUGUGUAGACGGUUUUGUUACCUCAAAUGGUUUUGUGUGUGUGUGUGUGUGUGCGCGUGUGUGUUUCUUCUUUUUUUUUUAAACAAAGCAAUUUGGGCAAAUCUUCAUUCUCGAUUUCACCUGCAAUGCACAGCAGAAACUAUUUUUGUGAAGCGACUCGUGUUUUGAAUAGAAAGCUGAUGUCCACAGAGGAGAAACGUGAGGCACCGUGUAUAUAAGCAAUCUGUAACCUUUGUGGCUUUUGUGUGACAGGGAUAAGGUGUUUUGAAGGUUAAAAAACAUAAGAUCAUAUAUAAGUAUAUAUUUAAACAGCUUCAGGCGGCAGCGAGCGCAGCGCUGCCCCCGGAGGCCGCAGGCAGACGACAGGGAUUGUAUAUAUAAACUAUAUAUUCGGCAGGAUAUCCCUCAACGAACAGAAAAGAAGCAAACUUGUUGAUUCUUAGUGGUUCGGCCUCUUUUUCAUUAUUAUUUAUGCCUGUAUAUAAAGUGUAAGAUGUCCAUGAGAGGGCGCUAAAGAGGCGGAAAGGGAAGGAGAAGCCUGGUGACUCGGACUGUUUAGAGUGAGCGUUGGUUCGGAGCGCACUUUACCUUAAUCCCCCUGAACCCCCCCCCCCAACCCCUGACACACACACACACAUGCUGCACGUGCACUCCCGGGUGACUCACAUACACCUGGCUGGCUUUAAAUCCAAAUGCAAAACAAUCAGCAACAACAACACAAACACAAUUUUGCACUUUUUUAAAAUUAAGUCCCCCAAAUACAUUUUAUUUGUAGUUUAUUUAAAGUUAUUUAUCAGCAGUUGGAGCUCCCGCUAUUAAAUUAGAAGUUGACUUUGUUGAUGUAUAAAAACAUAAACAUUCAAGCAAAAGAAAAUGAAAUACAAGCAAAAUUGAAUUAAGUAUAAUAAAAGUUUCAUAAUAACCCGUCCUGUAGUUUUUAUGUAAUCGUGCAUAUAAGUAAACUAACGAGGGAAAUACAACCUUCGUGGAAGGUUAUGAAUGUAAAGAUGAACAAACCUUGUGAAGAAAUAUUUCACAAACUCUUUAUCAUUUAAAAGAGAAUAAAGGUAAAGAAAUGAAAGUUUUAUUAACAUGAGUUGAUAAUCAGUGAAGAGCUGAACCCUGUUUUCACACGAUGUCGUUCAGAGAGAUCUGCUGUUUACUCUCUGUUGGUUUUAUUACUAUUAUUAAUAUUAUUAUGAUGAAGUGAUUUUUGUUGUGACAUAUCAAAGUGUUGUGUAUUUGCCACGUCAGAACAAAAAGUGCCAGCGUUUUGUCUCACAAACAUAUCAAACUUCAGGACGCACACAGAGAUGGUGUGUGCUCCUCCUCCUCUUCCUCCUCCUCCUCUUCCUCCUCCUCCUCCUCCUCCUUCUCCUCCUCCUCCUCCUCAGUUGAAAGCCAUGUGUGUGUGUUCAGAGGAAGUCGCUGAUUGGCCGAAGUCUUGUAAAAAGGAGACGACUCUGAAGGAUGUCACUUUUCUACUUCUGAUGUUCACGGCGUUUAGUGACUGGAUUUCCAAAAACUCUGGUCAAACAGAUUCCUCUAUUUAUUUCUCCCCUUAUCUAUUUCUCUCUCUGACCUUCCCCCCCCCCCCCCCCCCCCAUUAAGCCUGAGGUUUCAGAACGAGUCCUGAUCUUUUAAUGACGACUUUCCAAAUCCAACGCAGACAUGUCAACAACCAGCCACCGCCCUCAUCACCUCCCUGUCACCCCUGUCACUCACUUUCAUCAACACCCCCCCCCCUCCAUCUCUUAGGAUUAUCCAGACCACACACACACAGACACACACACACACAUCUCAUUACACACUCCCUCUCUGUUUACUCCGUCCAGACAGCGGGUGUCAGCACUGAAAACUCACAAUAAGUCAAAUUAUCUGUGGGUCAUUUCAACGGGAAACAUGACCCCCCCAUCCCCACCACCACCCCCUCCUUCAACUCCCAACAUCCUCCUCCCAUCAUAAUCCUCUCUUCCCAUCAUCCUCCUCUUCUCCCAUCAUCUUCUCCUCCCUUCAUCUACUCAUUUUUCUGUCGCUCAAUCGUUAACUCUCUGACGAGUUUGCUUUUCACAACCUCCACUCUCUCUCUCUCUCUCUCUCUCUCUCUCUCUCUCUCUCUCUCUCUCUCUCUCUCUCUCUCUCUCUCCUCGAGUGUAAGCACUUGACUGUUAUGACUGUUGUUGCCCUGAGCUUCGAACAAAAAGAGAAACUUGACCCCUCGUUCAAGGCCUGAAGCCAUAUGUUCGUCCAGAUAGGAAAGGAAACGAAUCCCCUCGACUCGCGGGAGUUGAUUGGUCCGAGCGAGAGCCGCUAACAAAGCACUGAUGCGUUCUCCAGAACUACACUAGGGGGCGCCGCGGUCACAAAACACAAAGACAAUCGAGCUGAAAAAUAGUUUAAGGGAACCUGAAACUCCCCCCAGGAUAAAAAGAGGAAAACUUGUUGCUCCUGUAUAAUGAUGUGUAGAGGUCUCACUCACUUUCCAGUGUUAAUUUGUGCUGGUGACAGUUUGUUCUAAUUGUUCUCUGAGAUAUUAUUAUUAUCAUCAUUACCUCAGCUGUCACUGACGGCACAGCUGUCAAGAGGAAAUCUGCGUUUCUUUUUUUUUUUUGGUGUAGGUUAGACAUCUUGUUUUUAUUUGGAAUUUUAUUUUAUUUUAUGAUAUUACAAAUAUUCUAUAGAUAUAUUUUUGUUUUCAUCUUUUUGGGAUUUGUUUUUGGUUAUUUUGUUUUUGUUCUUUUAAAAAAAAAGGGUGUGUUACUAAUGUUGCACGAUUGGAGCGUAGCGGUGUUAGCGUGCACGUGGCCGGAGUCGACAAAACGCUUCAAUGCUGCAACUUAUGAGUCCGAUGUACAAACCUGCGUCCAACCGUGGUGACAGGAAGUGGGGCGGGGGGGCGGGGGGGUGGGGGGGUCAGCAGUGUGACACAUGUAACUUAUUUCUGACCAGACACAAUGAUGUCAAUGCAUGGGCGUUUCAAAACAAGACAAGAGUUGAGUCAUGUUAUAGGAAAUAAAAUGUAAUAUCGACACAAAUAUACAACACACAGAAAUACAUUUAAGAAAAAAAACAUGGAAAUUGAAGAAAAAAAAAAGUUUAAAAUAAAUUAUAGCUAAUAUAUUGUGUUCGGCUAGUCUGCUUUUCUGUUGUAAAGAUACUUUUUUUGUUGUUUUUGGAGAAUGAUAUACAAUUUGUGUAUAUUUUCAUAAAUAAAGUAUGCACUGAUAUGUUAUUACAAAUUCUAUACUGCUUUUACAAAAGAAGUGUUUGUUAUUGUACCAAAGUAUCCAUUGGUCCCCCUCCCCCUUCCCCCCUUUUUGCGUAUGUUUUACCGUAUUUUAUAUAUUAAAUAGACAAGUUGACCUUCA